UCCGUCAAAAAAUUUAUGCAGAGAGUAGAAAUCUCUUCCGUACGACCCUUCGGCUCCUUUCCUCCAGUGAGAUAUCGAACUUUCUUUUCAAGGUGAGUGAUGAAGCGAAUGUUUUCAGAAGUAGAAAUGGUUCGGGACGUGACUAUAUGCGCCAAACACUUGAAGGGCCAAUCGCCACCACACCACCAGAUUCUAAACAGACUACUCCAAGAUCUGAUUUACGAGAAAGCAUGCAAGGAACACGGGUUCUAUCUCGGCAUCACCGCCCUAGAAAGCAUCGGUAACAGCAAGAACAACAACGACGACAAUCACCAAGCAGAGCUCCUCACAUUCCCAGUCUCCUUCACAUGCCGCACAUUCUUGCCCUCACGAGGAGAUAUCUUGCAAGGUGUUGUAAGGAAAGUGUUGUGGAGCGGAGGAGCUAGAGGAGUUCUGAUCCAUUGUGGCCCACUCAGAUACGCAUACCUCUCGCGCAUGAAAAUGCCUGACUACCAUUUUGUCCAGCCAGAGACAGAGUCGGAGGAGGAGGAGACGCCGUAUUUUCAGAGAGAUGAUCUCACCAAGAUUAGCGUUGGAGUCAUUGUCCGGUUUGCGGUCUUGUGCCAUCGGUUUAAGGAGUAUUCUGACAAAAGAAGACUCGAUGUUUACGUUCUGGCGUCUGUGGAAGGCGAUGAUACACUUGGUCCCAUCUCUCUUGCAGGAUCCGAAAGGCCGUGCAUGUGAUUGUGUUGCUACACGAUUUCAGGCGAAAGUUGAAGUCUUUUGAUAACUUUUUAGGUUAGUCUCAGUCUCACUUGGUUCUUUUUAGUCCUAUCGUGUAGUCGAACCAACUCACCACUC